AUGCCCGAUCAGCCUUGUCCAGAGGGUACUGUGCUGCUUGGUGCUGCCCCUGAAACGCCGGAAUGCCUCCUGCACAGCGUCUUCGAUCAUGAUACCAAGCGGUUGGACCAGGAAGCAGCGCAAAGCACCGCUAUAAGGGAGCCAGAUGCCUGCUCGUCCGUCGAUCGCGAGUCGCCAUAUGAUCAGGACAAAAACGGCCAGUUUCGCUCGCCUACUUUGAUUUUGGACGAGGGAGAUGAUGUGGAAAUCGUCAUCAACAACCAUAUGCACCAGAAUACCACCAUCCAUUGGCAUGGAAUUCUGAUGCAAAAUACCCCGUGGUCAGAUGGCGUUCCUGGUCUGAGUCAAACGCCUCUUGAGCCCGGCGAGCGCUAUGUCUAUCGCUGCACUGCAAGUCCUCCCGGUCAAUACUGGUACCAUUCGUAUUUACGAGCCAACCUGUUGGAUGGUCUGUAUGGGAAGCCAGGAACUCCAGGACCAUGGGCGACGAUCAGCCAAGGUCCAGUGGAGAUCCAAGUCAUGGAACGCGCUGCCAAUGAUCCUCAGAUUAUCGCGCUCUCAGACUGGGGUUAUUACAACUCAUCCCAGUACAAAGAGGCCGACGCAAAUAGCCAUCUCCAGAUAUUGUACGAGAAUGAUGACUCUUCUGCCUCGUUCCACACGCUGACCUGGCUCAUUGACAAGCAAAUUCCCUUCAUGCACAAAAGCUGGCCAAAUGAUAACAUCCCCGACAAGGGGUAUGACCUUGUUCUUCUCUUCAAGAUUGAGACACGCAAUAUUGACACUCACAGUUGCUUUCCAUUCGCUGCUUAUGCUGAAGGCCCGUGGCUUAAGGAUGGCAACGUCUCCGCCAUCCCUCCGGGGUUACAAGGGGGCUGCAGACCCUCCACCGGUCCCACGGAGGUUAUCGAGGUUGAUGCCAGCGAUCUAUGGGUCAGUAUCAACUGCAUUGCAGGCUCGAUGCAGCCCACGAUCGACGAGCACGAGAUGUGGAUCUACGAGGUUGAUGGGCAUUACAUCGAACCACGCCGCGCAGAAACGUUCCUGAUCUGGGCGGGGGAGCGAUACUUGGCUCUGGUCCGGCUCGACAACAAACAAAUGGACUACUCCAUCCGCAUGCCUGACGGUGGCUACUCGCAGAUGAUUGCAGCUUUAGGGGUCUUACGGUACAAGAACGGGGACCCGGACGCUCACCAGCCUUCUGAUCGGUUCGGCUUCACCGCGAUCUCGCAGCCGCAUAUCCCAUCUAUAUGA